AUUUUUAAAAUGUUAGGCCAAAAUUGGGUGUCAACAGUACUCUCUAAGGAGCAUUUUAGAGUUCAGAACAAGUUGCCGACUAAGUUGAAAGAUUAGGAUAGUUUCACUAUUCAAAUCAAUAUCGUCAAGUGCAUCAAUACAAGAGGAUUGUGCUAUUUGGGUGCAAGUAUAAACUUGAUGCCUACGUUUGUGUUUCUAAAAUUGUGGCUAGGAGAGCCCAAGACUAGUACCAUAAUGUUGGAAUUAGCUGACCGUUUGGUAGCAAGGUCGGACGGUGGCAUUGAGGAUGUCUGAGUCCAAAUGGGAACUCUGAUUUUACUAGUAUACUUUGUCUCCUUAGAUUUUGAGCCUGACUCAGAGAUCCAUUUUAUUUUAGGAUGCCCAUUCUUAUUUACUAGUGGUGCAUUGAUUGAUGUGGCGGAUGAUAGGAUGACAAUAAGUCUCAUGAAAAAGUAGAGGCUAUGAUGUGUAAAAGGUAAAAAAGUUGUCUGUGAUCUAUGAGCAUUUGUCCACAAUCACGAUCAUUGAUGAAGAAGAAACAACAAAGUAAGUUGAAGCACGAUACCUUUAGAGAGUGUUGAUUGGGUAGGAUAGAGAUGGGGAUUCUAAAGCCAGGAGCUGGCUCGUAUACUAGAUGUCUCAAAUUUGAGUAUGUUGCGUAAUAUUGUGGAACCAUUUAAUAUCUUGGGACCCCCAACCAAGCCGUAAAUUGAGGAAGCACUGAAGUUGGAGUUCAGAGAUCUUCCCUCUCAUAUAAGGUACAUGUUCUUUAAUACUAAUGACAUGUUACCCUUAAUCCUUUCGACUACUUUGUCUGAAGAGCAGGUUGAAGCCUUUCUGAAAGUAAUGAAAAAGAGAAAAAAAGCGCUAGACCCGCAUAUGGCUGACAAACAUGGGAUCAACCCAGACUUGUGUAUACAAAAGAUAUUCAUGGAGGAGGGUAAUAAAUUGAGUUUACAGCCACAAUUCAUAUAGAAUGCAGUUAUGGAAGAUGUGGUACACAAGAAGGUUAUUAACAGGUUAGAAGCAGAGAUUGUGUACCCUAUCUUUGAUAACAAGUGAGUCAUCGCGGAUAUAAUUCACAUAAUUCAUUUAGGUUUACAUAGGUUAACUCUUGAUCAAGAAUAAAUGUCGAAACAAAUGGGAAUACGUUUUCAUCCCACUGAUACGAAGCUAAUCAACUAUCUGAAGAGGUUUUUCAAAGGCGAAUUAUCUUUGAAUCAAGAAUGUCCUAUCUUGUUUGCGGAUAUAUAUGGAGAUCAACCACCAUGGGAGAUAUUUGGAGCUAAUUUUGAAGUGAAAUAUCGUUACUUUAUUACUCCUUUGAAGAAGCGGAGGAUUAAAGAUACAAGGUUUUCUCGAACUUGUGCUAAAGGGAUGUGGAAAGGGCAAACCGGAGAAGAACUUAUAAGGAGGAAUAGUUUGGGGCCUGUGGUAGGGUUUAAGAGAAAGUGCAGGUUUGAAACAAGUGAUCAAUGUGGCCAUAAUAAUAUUUGGUUGAUAAUAGAAUAUCAAGUUGCAGAUAGUUUCUUUAAGAAAAAUAAUCAUAUUAUUAAAGAAGAUUUUGUAGUGUGUCGAAUCAAGAAGAAGAAGAUCAUGGAUAAAGAGAAGAAUGUGGAUCAUGCUAUAGAGGCACAAGAUGGAGAUGUUGCGGGAAUUAUCAAUCCUAUGUUAAUUGAGCCUAAUCAUAAUAACGUCUACUCCACAUGGAAAGAUCUAGUUGGGGUUUUUGAUGAAGUUGAGGCUACAACUACCAAAUUUGAGUCGAAAUACAAUGGAGAAGAGAGAGACAGCGUUGCAAGUACAAGAAGGCAACGGAGUUGAUGAUAUUAGAAGCAAUGAAUUUUAGGAAGAGAUGUGUAAAGUAUUUGAGGACAUUCCUUUUGAUAUUCCUGACGAGGUGUUGCAGAAUUCACACAUUCUACAAGAUAUAUAAAUACCUAUAUAGUUCGAUCCUUAGAUGGAUUAUGUAGUUGAAAAAAUUGUAUAUUCUUCACUUUUGCCCAUAUAUAUAAAUGCCCAUGUUCUGAUUAAAAAAAAGUGAGUCAUCACGGUUCAGAGUGUGCCUAAGAAAGGAGGCAUGGAAUGAAUCACAAAUAAAAAAAAUGAGUUCAUUUCAACCAGGACUGUAAGGCACAUAUUCAUGGAUUAGAUCAAACUAAAUGAGGCCACCGGAAAGGACCACUACCCCAUUUCUUUCAUUGAUCAAAUGUUGGACAUGUUAUGUAGGCAUUGUUUCAUGGAUGACUAUUCGGGAUAUAAUAAAAUUGUGAUUUAAGGUAGAAGACUUGGAGAAAACCACUUUCACUUAUCCGUAUGGGACAUAUGCCUUCAAGUGCAUGUCAUUUGUACUGUGCAAUGCCCCACACACAUUCCAAAAAAGCAUGAUGUAAUUUUUUCAUGAUAUGGUCAAAGAUUUUGUUGAGAUAUUCAUGAUAACUCCUUAGUCUUUGGAUAGUCUUUUGACACGAGUCUGGAAAUAAAUUGAACAAGGUUCUUGCCUGAUGUGAGGAUACCAAUCUCGUCUUAAAUUGUGAAAAAUUCAAUUUUAUAGUGAAGGAUGGGAUUGUACUAGACAAUAAGGUGUCAAAGAAAAGGCUGGAAGUUGAUUGUAUAAGAGUAGAGGUAAUUGAAAAGCUACCCCCAGUCUUUAUUAGAAGGGUGAGUAGCUUACAAGGAUUUCUCUAAGACUACAAGAUUUAUGUGCAUUCUAUUAGAGAAGGAGGUGAAAUUCGUCUUUGAUGAGCAGUGCAUUUGAGCUUUUGAGGCUUUGAAGAAGAAUUUGGUAGGAGCACCAAUUUUGAUUUCCCCAAAUUGGGAUAUUCCUUUUGUGCCGACCUGUGACACAAGUGAUGUGGUUGUAAGAGAAGUUUUAGGGAGAAAUAAGGAUGGAAUAUUUCACUAAAUCUACUAUACGAGCAAAACACUAGAUGCAGCUAAAGACAACUACAUACUGGAUACUAGCCUUGGUCUGUGCCUUUGACAGGUUCAGAUCUUACCUAGUAGGGACUACA